UCGCGGGCGCGUCCCCGCCCGCGCUGAGCGGCGACCUCCCGGGGACGGUCGACGUCGACGGAUGCUACUGGGAGCGCGAGGACGACGACCUGAUCGUCGUCGUUCUCGAGAGAGAGGACGCGUAUCAGCCGUGGGAGCACGUCCUCGCGUCGGACCUGCCCCCGCCCGGUGACACGACGAUCACGAAGUGCGUAUUCUUCGAGAUCGCGAUCAACGGCGAGCGCGAGGGCGUCGUCGAGAUGGGGCUGUACGGAAACCACGUCCCGAAGACGACGGAGAAUUUCCGCGCGCUGUGCACGGGUGAAAAAGGCGACGGCGCGGAGGGUAAACCGCUGCACUUCAAAGGGUCGUGCUUCCACCGCGUCAUCCCGGGCUUCAUGUGCCAGGGCGGGGACUUCACGAAGGCGAACGGCACGGGCGGGGAGUCCAUCUACGGCGAGAAGUUUGAAGACGAAGCGUUCGGGAUCGCGCACGACCGUCCGUUUUUGCUCUCGAUGGCAAACGCCGGCCCGGACACGAACGGGUCGCAGUUUUUCAUCACCACGGCGCCGACGCCGCAUCUGGACAUGCGGCACGUCGUCUUCGGGGAGGUCACGAGCGGCGAGGACGUCGUCCGCGCGAUGGAGGCGAAGGGGAGCCAGGACGGGACGCCGAAGGCGCAGAUCGAGAUCAUCGACUGCGGCGAGCGCGAGUGA